CUUAACAACUUAACGUUUUAGAGGUCUUACAUGAAAACCAAAAUCUUAAAAAUGUUAAAAUUAGUACCGUUAAAGAAAAUUACGAGGCUAGUACGCAGUUGAAUAUCAUUUUAUUAUUCAAAACGGCCGUAACAGGACGAAAAUAGACGAAACACGCAAAAACAUGUUGGAGGUCAAAUGCUAUACCGCUGCAGGUGAAAUGCUUUCUAUCUUAUUAUGUCCCGUUAUUGUGCCCAAACUUUUGAAAAAGAAAACCGAGAACAACACUUGUAGAACGAAAGGAGAACUGUAAAGACGCACAUCAUUUUCAUUCGUGUCUUGCUUAAUUAUUUACGGGAAAUCCGUUCGGCUGGAAAAUCUGUUUUGAAAUAGUAAGUAAAUUUUGCAACCAGUAGCUACGUAUUUCCUCGCUGAAAAAUAGUAGUGAUUUUAAUCAAAGUGGGAACCAUUGACUGUCACCUCAGACCUCGCGUUUGUUUACUCCGGUUUAUUCAGUUAUUACACUUUUCUUCUUUUAAGUUUUUUUGCAGUUGAUUAGAGCCUGAAUUAUAUUAUAACGUGAGAUAUAAUUCAAGUGAAAGUCAACAGGUGUAGUCAGUAUGACAACGGUGAAAAUGUCUUCGAUGAACAAUUGGCUUGGAAUCCUUUUGUUAUCAAUGUUACAUCUCGUGGACGCCGAGAAUUUGACGGAUUGGAACACUGGCGACGGCGGAUUCAAGUGGCGGGCCAACUGUGAUUUUCCCGGCGACGAUAUAGGUCAAGUUCUCUUAACAACUGCAACCCGAGAAGAGUGUGGCCGACUUUGUAUUGCCAACCCGCAAUGCAGCCACUUUGUGUUUUGUUAUCUGGAAAAGUGUUACAUGAAGAAUACGCCAUCAACGACACACCGUCAAGACAUCGAUUAUGAAAGCACGGCCAUUUGCGGUUUCAUUUCCUGGAGAUUUGAAUCUCAAAUUGGAAGGGACGACUGGAAAUCUACAAGCGAAAGUGGUGCUCAUAGCUGCAGUUUUUAUGGCAACGACAGUUUGAUUUUGACGACAGAUUGCCGACAGGCCGAAGAUUGCUCCCUAUGGUACGACCAGGUUCUUCCCACUAAUGGUUCAACAGCCUGUAAAUUAUUAGACGGAAAUUCAGGAUCGUGUUGCCCGGUGCUCCCUAAAAUCACUAUAAAGUUCCAUGAAGAAACGCAAUACAUUAAAAUGAUCCCCGAUGAGAGGGAGCGAAUAAUCGACGCGGGAACAAAUCUCACUCUGACGUGUGUCUACGCCUUUGAAGACGAAUAUCAAAAGAAAAAUUAUAAUUUUUCGUGGGAAAUUCCAGAUUACUUAAUCAAAAACACUGAAUUAAGCGACUUGGACAGUCGCCUUCGCAAAACGUUUGGGAGGAACGAUACUCACAUGACAUCGACGUUGUCCCUGGUGAUUGCAAGAGCCAGAGACACUGGAAACUUCGGUUGCAAGGGCAUCCCGUACGGAAUUGCAAACACGUUUAACCAUUUGAUAAAUCAUUAACAAACAAAUCCUUUUUUGAUAAAUCAUUAACAAAUGAUAAAUCCGCUGAAAUAGCAAAGUCAUGCAGGGUUGCCUAAAUAGUCUUAAAAAGUCCCGAAAAUCCGUUUUUUUUUGAAAAAUCCUACACUUUAUCUCGCACGAUUUUCUCCAAAAUUCCGCAAAAUCUUGCAAAAAAAAAACUGCAGAAAUCUGACACGAUCAGACAUAAUUUCCUAGUUAUCCUAGUAUAUUUGAAGUCUUUUCUUGACAGACAGAUGACAGUAAAACAUUAUUUUGAUACUGUUGACCGACAGUUAAAAAACAUUUAAAUAUAUUAUAGAGUGUUGACUGUGAAUUCUUGGAUAAUUGACUGUGAAUUCUCCAAAACUUUGUGUUCACAGUCAAUUAUCCAAGACUUUUCUGUUCACAAUUCAGAUUUUUCUCCAGAGAAAAGUAAUCUGUCGGCCUUUUAGGGAUGGAAUGGCUCAAUUUCUUCUUAUGAGGGGAAUGUCGCGUUCACUAUUAACUUGAUAGUAGGCUACUCGGGUAUUUGUUUAAUUUUAGAUGAUGGGUGUUAAUGUACUUGGAAUACAAAAAGGAAAAAAUUCCAUUUCCGACUUCAAAACAGAA